CGCGCCCUCUAUCCGCGGCGCGCGCAUGUGGUAGCUCGGUGGUCGCCGCCCCGCUGCGGCCGGAGCUGGAAGUGCGGCAACAUGAGCAGCGGCCCCGGCACCCCGGGGAAAGCUGCGGGAUACCCGCUCCCCGCCGGCAGGAAACGGGACUCGGUGGGGGCGCCGGCCCACCCCAUUAUCAAGGACAUUGGAGAAAUUCAUUCCCGACUGCUGGAUCACAGGCCAGUUAUUCAAGGAGAAAUACGUUACUUUAUUAAAGAAUUUGAAGAAAAACGUGGUCUCCGAGAAGUGAGAGUUCUUGAAAACCUAAACACCAUGAUCUAUGAGACAAAUGACCAAACUCUCCCUAAAUGUGAGCAGGUGAUGCAUGGCGAUCUGAAUGAAGUGUUGAAGAGAUUGCAAGCAGCCAACCAUAGGAUCCUCAGACUCCAGCAGAGGGAGCAGGAAGAAAGAGAGCUUCAGACUGACACGCUAAUGGCUGGUGAAAAGCAGCGUCUAGCCCACUGGGAAGUGUUCAUGAAAGACCAACACAACAAACGAGGAGAAGUGGAUGAAGAGCACAGAAAAGCAAUGGCGCGCCUUAAAGAACAAUAUGCUGAGAUGGAGAAGGACCUGGCUAAAUAUUCUUCUUUUUAAGACCUUUUUCGUUGUUGUUGUUGUUUUUGUGUGUGCCAGUACUCUCUUGCUUCAGACUUAUCAGAACAACACUGAGGUUCUUUCAGAAAGCCUAAUCAAAAUAGAGGUAAAACAAUCCCCACAUCCUGCUGUAACUAGAACAAAAGUUUGAUUUAGCAAGAAGAGUUUUGCAUACCUCCAACUUUAAGUGCCUCUACAAGCUUGUUUUGUUCAAGGUGAUUGGUGUUAUCACUAUCUUAGUUUGUAGGACAGGCAGGUCUAGAAAUGGAGUUCUGCCUUUAUACCAUGGCUACAUCAAUUUAGGGAGUUGCAAACUAGAAUUCCUCGGCUUGUGAAGACAGCCUUGUCUGCGGGGAAGAAAACAAAAACUAAAUUAUCUCUGUAUAAGGCCACAGCCCUGCCAUAGAGAGCAGGUAUUAUAAAUGCAAGCCAUGCUUGGCUGAAAUUAGGAUGUACACACACUCAUUAACAGCUAUUUUGGGAAAACCAGCAUGUCUUGCAAAACAGUGGAUUCUGAAAGGCUAGAAUGCGUUACUCAGGUACAAUUACAGCUGCACUGUUAUGAAGUCGAGUUGAGAUAUUGAUUGCUCUCUAAAAUAGGCACCAUAAGAGUGGCUGUGAGGUCACAGGAAACAAUGAUUUUUCUCUCUAUGUAACUGGCUCAUGGCAUUCUUGUAGCUUUACACUCCUAAGAAUACCUCCCACCGCCCAAACCACCUAAAAGUAACUUUUAAAAGUAUAUCAGUCCUUCCAUUAGCCUUUUAUCAGGUACGGUAUUUACCUUAAGUAUUUGUCCUGCCAUUGGUGCACUCAGUAGGAUGAGCAAUGCCCACCUUAUUGGGACUUAUUACCUAAAAUCUGUUGUGAUAACCUUAAUACAGUUGAGGAAAGAUCUCUUUUUUGUUUUUGUCAUGGCAUGGCAUGGCAAUCAAGUAAGUGGCAUUAAAAAUGAAGCAUCUGCAGUAUUAAUUUGUGUUCUGAUUAACAGGAGUAUUUGCGAGCUCCUGUGAUCACCGUGAUCUUUUCUUUUUAUUUAAAAUCUUCAUGUAAUAGCAAUAUAACUGAAUGACUAGCUUAAUUAUCCUUUUGUAAACCAACUGAAAUUAAAUGCAAUAACAGAAUGAAACUUGAUGCAAGCUAACCUGAGGGACAGGAAGAUCUUUCAAAUAUUAUUUUAAGUACUAUGCAAUAUAAAAUAAAAACAGGUAAAAAUAAA